AUGGCCUACAACACGCCCAUCACAGCCGCCGGUAGCAGCUCGAACUACACUUCCGCCUACAAGAAGCAUUUUGGCGAUCGACCGGUUGCAUUUGCGCUGUCGGAAUCGCGCCCGUCGUCGUCAUCCUCUUCAACUUCGCACCACAGUGUCUCGGGCGUCGAUGGGUUCGCCUCGUGCUCCCACUCCCAGGUGUCCGGCCUAGACCCGUUUGCCGCGGCCUCGUCAACGAGCUUCGCUUGCCGAUCAACGGAGAAGCAGGUGGGGAGGGAGGAGGUGGUGGAUGAAGGGACGCGCACCCAAUUGGCAAACCUAGGUUGGAGGAUACGAGCGACUGUCAACCAAGGCUAUUCCCGAACUUCCACAUGUCAUACGGGAAGCGGGUUCGUGAGCGAACGAGAUGUGUUGCGCAACGUGACAAACAGCCGACGUGGCUGGAGUCGCGUCGCUACCGCCCCUACCACCGCACCCACAUUCGACGGUAUGAGGUGCCCACCGGCCGCAGACCAAGCUGUGCUCGAGGGGGCGGUGCAGAAACGCAGCAGACGCCUGUCCGAAUCGGACCAGGAAGAGGAACAUCCCAUGCAUGAGGAUGGGGAGAGAAGGAUCAAAGGUCUACCCAAGUUGAGCUUCAGUUCGUCCACCAGUUCGGCUACAUCUAUGCUCUCCACCAGCCCGUUCGCUCCCGAACCGACAACCCUGGGCCUGCCCGCGGGAAGGAGCAAGAGCUUUGUCCGCACCCACAGCGAGCGCUUGCCCCCGUUGAAGCAGGAUACAGUGAUGGACGAGGAGAUGGGAGACGCAUAUGAUUUCUCCUCUCACUUUGGUCGGACCGACUUUUAG